AUGCAAACAUCGCAAGACAUGAGUGUGCCCACCGAGCCUCCCUUCACGAUUAGUGAGAAACUGUGUAAAUUGUGUCUAUCUUCUAAGAGCGUCUCGUCUGCUCUUGCCCAGGACUCGUCGUUGACCCCCGGCGAGGCGUGGAAGAAGCUGUUUGGUUGCCAUGACCACGGCCAUUGCUCCAAAGGCGAUGUCCACGACAUUGGGAAAGGCUCUCUCAGUUCCAAAGAGCUAGAGAAAGCUCGAGCUUGUGGAAAAUGGGGCUCGCAGAAGCCCAGCGACUUAUUUCUUAGGAUUUAUCAUGAUGCGUUGUCCACACUCGACCAUGACUUGGGCUGUGGCAUGGUGAGUCCUUCUCUGAUGGGCAGCAGUGGGACUAUGCCGUUGACUAUCAUAUCCGUCAUCCCUGAUAUCGUGAGGCACAUGUCCAACCUCAUCGUCCGUGCCGAAAAAGAGGUAUACCUCGCGACCAAUUUUUGGCAGAAUGGAGUGGCCUCCAAGUACAUCACAAAUGCGAUAAAGGAGCUCUCACGUCGCGCCGGGGGGCGUGGGAUAAAAGUCGUCAUAAAGAUCAUAUAUGACCGGGGCAGCCCCAAGCAGCUCGUGGAGCCGCACUAUAUGGUCCCCGAGAGCGAAUACACCGGCAGUGCUGUCGGGCUCCCGGCUUCCCACGAUAUUCCUAAUAUCGACCUGCAGGUUAUGAAUUACCACCGUCCGCUCCUUGGUACCUUCCAUGCCAAGUACAUGAUUGUUGACCGCAAGGUCGCUGUCGUACAGAGCAAUAAUAUGCAGGAUAAUGAUAAUUUGGAGAUGAUGGUGCAGGUGGAAGGCCCGAUUGUUGAUUCGCUGUACGAUAUGGCGUUAUUAAGUUGGCAUAAAAAACUAGAACCUCCGUUGCCGUGUCUCCAAUCCACUGCGACUGAGAGCGGAAGUACAAGUUUCGCUCCUAGUUAUGCUGCCAUGUUAAGUCCUGAGGGAGCUAUCAAAGGCCACUCUGCGAUUGUUGACACAGAUAAACUGCCUGGAGAAAAAACUUACGGCCUGGACGUAUUGGAGUCGAACCCAACAGACGAAUGGAGAAGCCACGGUAACGGGUCUAGUAGGUCGAGUAUCGCGGCUUCGAAUAGCUUAUGUUCUCUUGAUAGUGUUAGCAGCAGCUCCGAUAGCUAUCCAGAUCAGGAAACUCUCACGAUGCAGAAUCCUGGCCUACACAACCCCCUUAUACCUCGGGGUGCGCUCCCAGAGCAUACUUCAGAUGCUCCUCACUACGACGAGGAUCUCGCAGGGGAGAUCCGCCGCGUCCAAGCGUCCGUAAGCCAGAAACCAGACGAGACCCGGAUGCAAGCCGUAUCGCGCCACCUCAACCACACCGUCAACAAAGGGUUCGAGGGGACUGCGCCGGAGUGCGACCCGCAGGACGAGAUGACGCCGUAUAUACCACAUCCUGCGCACGAGCCGUUUCCGAUGGCUCUCGUCUGCCGCGCUCCUUACGGCCAACCAAAUCACUCUUCCGUUUUUAAUCCGCAGAAUGCCGCUUGGCUGUCGGCUCUGCGCAACGCGCGGAAGAACGUGUUUAUCCAGUCUCCGACGCUGAAUGCUGAGCCGCUUAUCCCGGCUAUCGUGGAGGCUUGCGAGCGCGGUGUCGAUGUGUAUUGUUAUAUCUGCCUGGGAUAUAAUGACUCGGGCGAAAUGCUCCCCAUGCAAGGCGGCCACAACGAAGCUAUCGCUCACCGGAUAUACACCACUCUCCUCUCCCCGCCCGCAAAGCAGCGCCUUCACUGGUACUGGUACGUCGCGAAGGACCAGGUCGCGCCCAUUGUGGCGAGCCAGAAGCGACGGUCCUGCCACGUCAAGCUGCUGAUCGCGGACGAGCGCGUCGGGGUCGUGGGGAACGGCAACCAGGACACGCAGAGCUGGUUCCACAGCCAGGAGGCGAACUUGCUGGUCGACAGCGGGCCGGCGUGUCGCGCGUGGAUCGGGGCGCUGAGGAGGAACCAGAACACGCACCGGUUCGGACGGGUCGACGUGGAGGAUGGGGUGUGGAGGGACGAGGCGGGGAGGGAGGCGCAGGGGGCGACGGGCGUGGAUGCGGGUAGGUUCGCGUGGGUUAGGGGCGUGGUGGGUGCGGUUCAGAGGGUGAAGGGGACGGGGGGGUUUUGA